UCCAUGGAGAACAAUACAGCAGUAACUGAGUUCAUCCUCCCAGGACUAACCAAUGCCCCAGAACUACAGGUCCCUCUCUUUACCAUUUUCACUUUCAUUUAUGUCAUCAAUGUAGUUGGAAACCUGGGAAUGAUCCUGUUGAUUCUCUUGGACUCUUGUCUCCACACUCCCAUGUACUUUUUCAUUAGUAAUCUGUCUCUCGUGGACUUUGGUUACUCCACAGCAGUCACUCCCAAGGUGAUGGCUGGGUUCCUUACAGGAGACAAAGUUAUUUCAUACAACACAUGUGCUGCUCAGAUGUUCUUUUUUGCAGUCUUUGCCACUGUAGAAAGUUACCUCUUGGCCUCAAUGGCAUAUGAUCGCUAUGCAGCAGUGUGUAAUCCCCUACAUUACACCACCACCAUGACAACAAGUGUGUGUGCUUGUCUGGCUGUAGGAUCCUAUGUCUGUGGUUUCCUGAAUGCCUCCAUCCAGACUGGGAACAUUUUCAGGCUCUACUUCUGUAGGUCCAAUGCGGUCCAACACUUUUUCUGUGAUAUUCCAGCAGUCAUGGCUCUGUCUUGCUCUGACAGACAUAUUAGUGAUCUGAUCCUUGUUGUUGUGGCAAGCUUCAAUAUCUUUUUUGCUCUCCACAUAAUCUUGAUUUCCUACCUGUUUGUAUUUGUCAGGAUUCUAAAGAUGCCCUCAGUUGAGGGAUACCGGAAGGCUUUAUCCACUUGUGCUUCUCACCUCACUGCAAUCUCCAUCUUCUAUGGGACAGUCAUCUUCAUGUACUCCCAGCCCAGCUCCAGUCAUUCCAUGGACACAGACAAAAUCGCAUCUGUGUUCUACACAAUGGUCAUCCCCAUGCUGAACCCUGUGGUCUAUAGUCUGAGGAACAAAGACGUCAAGAGUGCUUUCAGGAAGGUUGUUGAAAAGGCAAAAUUGUCUCUAGGCCUCACCUCUUAAAAUUAUAGGAUCCAUGAUAACCUAGUUUCAUU